CUUGUGAGGCAGAGUGGGUUCUGAGCACUUGCAAUCUUUAGGACGCGCAGAAGUGGCUCCGCGGCCUCGCUCAUCUUGCGCAGCCGACUGUCUAGUGCUGUGAACCUCAGCCUAGUGUUUUGGAAGAGAGCUAGACGAGGGGGUGUUCAGAAGAGAAGUUGACACGGAAAACAGCGGAAGGCGCUUAUUCACAGCCACUCCCACACGACGUUCUGUGAACAAAGUAGAUGUCUCUCUCUAGUACUUCGAGCGGUGACACGUCGUAUCUCACAUAUGCGGAUGGCGAUGUCGUCCUACGUUCUACCGAUGGCAUCGACUUCCGCGUGCACAAAUGCGUCCUCUCCAUAGCUUCUCCCUUUUUCUCCGAUAUGUUCAAUCGGCUGCAAACCGACAGCGGAGCGCGAACGAUCGAAAUUGGGGAGGAUGCAGCGAUUCUCGACGCAAUUCUUCGUUUCACGUAUCCAACGCACACCAUUCGUCGUAUCAAAGAGUUGGACGAGGGGAUCUCUCUGAUACUCGCCUCAAGGAAACUUCAAUGCGGAAGAGCUACACAUUUGUUGUCCAAGGACCUAGAGAAGAUCAUCGCUGCUCGCCCCAACCCCUUAGAUGCAUGGGCGCUUGCAACAUGGCUCGAUAUACCCGACGCCAUUGGGCCUGCGAAAGCAGGUUUCAUGCAACGUUACGACAGGAAACGCCACGGCCUCCCUGAAUCAUUGAAUCAUGUCAAUGUGAUGGAGUAUGCCAAGCUCCGGGAGGAAAAAGACGAAAGGGAGCCACCUAAAAUGUUCUAUCGAUGAUGGGACAAAGUUAACCUGACGAAUUUUAUCACAAAACAUGCCACUCUCGUUCUUGGUUAUUAAUAUUGGCCCCUCCGUCUGUGCAUUGGAUACGUGUACGUGUUACUAGCCCCCACCUAUGAGAAGCCGUCUAUGGAUGAACCUCCCUGGAAAAUGUUGUAGCAGACAAUCUUCACGCGCAGCAAAUUGCUCUACGGAGGGGGGGGGGGAAGGUUAACUUCCACGGUGCAGUUGGGGGCGCCGCCCUAGCGACAGAGAAUACAACACCUAUACUUCUUCCCUUUGAAUAUAAAACACUGCCAGCUGAAG